AACUGUUGGCGCCUUGCAAAAGGAAACGGCAACAACAAAAAACACCAGUAAACAAACAGUUACUACGAUUUUAUGAUUGUCAUUUGGUGAACAAAUAAGUAACUCUUACCUUUUUAAAGUAUAUUUACUUUUGCAUUAUUAAAAUAAAAUCAUGUCAAAAUCUGAAAGUGAAGACAAUAUCAAGAGUACCCAGCUGAAUGAAACUCAGCUGCUGCGUAUGAAAAGGAAUCGUGAAAAAGCCUUGCAGUUGAGAAAAGCUCGUAUUGCAAAUUUAUCUAAUGCUGAGAAAGCUAUUACUCAAAAAGAAGUUAAUACUAUUUCUCGUCCUCGUGAUACUGGGGCUGGAUUUUUCGCUGAAGAUGAUGAAUCAGAUUUAAAUCCUGAAAACAGGCCUCUGGUCUCUACACCAGCACCGUUGUUUUCAUCUGACAGACCUAUUUGUCUUGAAUGUAAUGAAGAAUUUAAUGAUUCCUAUCUUCAAACACAUUUUGAUCACCAUGUGUGUGACAGUUGCAGAGAUAAUGAUGGUGCUCAUGCUCUCAUCAGUAAAACAGAUGCUAAGAAGGAAUAUUUGCUGCAAGAUUGUGAUUUAGAUAAGCGUGAACCACCAUUAAAAUUUAUUUUGAGAAAAAAUCCUCACAACAUGCAUGGAAGUAUGAAGUUAUAUCUUCGAUUACAGGUAGAAAAUAGAUCUUUAGAAGUGCAUGGGUCUGAAGAGGCCAUUGAAGAAAAAAGAGAACAAAGAGAAGAAGCCCAAUUAAAAAGAAAGAAAAAAGCUUUUGAUAAGAAAGUGAAAGCUUUACGAAUGGAAGUACGCAGUAGUUUAUACAGGAAAAAAGAUGUUUCACAUACACAUGUAUAUGGUGCUGAAGUUUAUAAUGAAGAGGAUGAUAUUUAUACUAAAACAUGUACAACAUGUGGACAUCAAGUUGAAUUUGAAAAGAUGUAAUUCUGAUUGUUACCUAAAGAAAAAGAAUUUCUGUUAAAUAAUCUUUUAUAUUUUAUAUUUUCGUUUUACAUUUCUUCAUUGUAAAUACUC